AUGGGCAGAGGGGUUCUCCUCCUCCUUGGACUGGGCCUCUCCUCCCUCUUCUGGGGGCUCCUGCUGCCCUGUGCAGACUGUAGUCCCCAGCCCUCUUGGGGCUACACAGCCUACGAGAUAGUUAUCCCAAGGAAACUUGGCGCCAAGGCAGAGAAAGCCAGCCAGGAUGAAGUGUCCUAUAUCAUUAGCAUUCAGGGGGUAAAUUACACGAUUCACCUCAGGCAGAAAGACUUUGUAAUAAAAAACUUCCCCGUAUUCACUCGUGACUCCAGAGGGGAAAUCGUGGUCAAACAGCCCCAUGUGCCAGCAGACUGCUAUUACCACGGCUACGUGGAAGGCAUCCUGGACUCCAUGGUGACUCUGAAUACCUGCUCUGGGCUCAGAGGACUGCUGCAGAUUGGAAACUCAAGCUACAGCAUCGAGCCCCUGGCAGCUUCCUCCAUGGCUGAGCAUCUUCUGUUGCAGAGGGAGGAGGUGGUUCCUGAAACAGUGAUGUACAAAAUGCCUAACAGAAGCGGACAAUUUCCAGGUCCCGGUACAGCCACAGGACAGUUCCAGCCCCGGGGGCACACACGAUAUUUGGAGCUCCUUGUCGUGGUGGACAAGGAAGGGUUUGACACCUUUGGCGGAAGUAUAACUAAUGUGACACUGGAAGUUAUUGAAAUAAUCAAUCUGGUGGACGGGCUGUUUUAUUCUUUCCGCCUUCGUGUUUUGAUAACUGCACUAGAGGUUUGGGUGGAGAAGAACCCUAUCAGUGUUACCAAAAACAUAACCAAGGUCCUUCAUAAUUUUAGUCUUUGGUGGAAGCAGCAAAGCCUUAUGUACGCCGUGCAUGACGUGGGGUGUCUAUUUGCCUCGAUGGACUUUGAUCGCGGUACGAGAGCAUUGCACAUGGGUGGCAAAUCCAACUUUGCCAGUGCAUGUGAUAGAAAACGUGCCUCUGCUGUUGUAUCAUUUGCAAAACGGCCUUACAUGGACACUGCUGUCCAUGUUGCUCGUGUGUUAGGAUAUGCCCUUGGCAUGGAACAUGAUGACAGAUACUGCAGGUGUGGAAACACCUCUAAAUGCAUCAUGAGCGCACAUGGGACAGUGAACUAUCAGUUCAGCAACUGCAGCAAAAAGCACUAUUUUGAUUUUAUAGCAUCAGGGCAAGGAUUCUGCCUUAAUAAUGCCCCAGAACUGGUAACGGCAUUCGUGCUGCAGCGCUGCGGGAAUGGUGUCCUGGAGGUUGGGGAGGAGUGCGACUGUGGCUCAGAAGCACGGUGUAAAUUGGACCUUUGUUGUGACAAUACCUGUCAAAAAAAAAAAGGAGCCAUUUGCACUUCUGGAGGCUGCUGUAAGAAUUGCAGACCUCUUCCAGAAGGAGAAGUGUGCAGGGAGAGCACCGGUCCAUGUGACCUGCCUGAAUAUUGCAAUGGGACAUCUGAGCAUUGCCCAGCAGAUGUGGGGAAGCAAGAUGGGACUGUGUGUGCUGAGGAUGGGUACUGUUAUUCAGGCAAAUGCCAAUCUCACACCUUACAGUGUAUGAGCAUCUUUGGCAAGGAAGCAAAGCCUGCUCCACUACCAUGUUUCCAGGAGGUGAACAUGAAAGGGGAUCGGUUUGGCAAUUGCUGGGGAGAUGGGGCAGAUGUCAACUUUCAGAAAUGUAAGCUAGAAAAUGUCCUGUGUGGGAGGGUGCAGUGUACGAACGUUAGACGUCUACCUCAGCUGGAAGAUCACACAACCAUCAUUCAGACCCCACUGGGCGAUACCUGGUGUUGGGGCACAGACUACCACUUGGGUGUGGACAUUCUGGAUGCUGGAGUCAUUAAGGAUGGCACGCAGUGUGGUGAGAAGAUGAUCUGCAUUAAUCGGACGUGUGUCCCUGAGGAGAAGUACUUGACAUCCCACUGUUCUGCCAAGAGAACAUGCAGAGGAAAAGGCAUCUGCAACACUAGAGGAAACUGCCACUGUGACAACGGUUGGGCACCUCCCUACUGCCAGUUUAUUGGCUUUGGAGGAAGCGUUGACAGUGGGCCUCCACCGGUCACUAAAAAGGGGCUUUUUAGGUUCAUCAUCGCUAUUACUGUAAUAACUGUUGCUGUUCUGGUGCUCGCAGCACUUGUCAUUGUGCACGUGAGAAAGCUCAGAGUAACAUUAAACAGACUCGUUGGAUGCUUUUGGGCUAGAGAACAGGCUCCUGAGGAGGAUGCGAAGGACCAGGCAGAAGAAUAUGGCUCAAAACCAGCUGAGAGUCAAAACUCCCCUGUGUAG